AUGUUUGUUCAUGAUGAUUUUUCUAAUAAAACGUUGAAUGUAACUCAUAAUAAUCAUAUUCCUUGUGUUAUUGGUGUCAAAUCAUUUGGUGGAUCACUUCUUUUCUCAAUAGAAACUCAACAAACAAUUGGUUAUGGAACACGAUCAGUAACUGAAGAAUGUCCAGUAGGAGUAGCUGUUUUAAUAAUUCAAAGUUGUUUUGGUCUUAUCAUUCAAGCACUUUGGAUUGGCCUUAUUUAUACAAAAUUAUCUCGUCCUAGAAAACGUCGUCGAACAUUAAUAUGGUCUCGACAAGCUGUGAUAUCACUUCGUGAUGGAAUUUUAACAUUGCAAUGUCGUUUAGGUGAUAUGCGUCAUAGAUCAACAUUAAUUGAAGCUCAUAUUAGAAUGUAUUUUGUUUCAAAACGUCAAACAAAAGAAAAUGAAAUAAUUCCACUUAAUUUGUUCGAUAUGGAUGUUGGUUUUGAUACAGGAAAAGAUCGAUUAUUUCUUAAUUGGCCACUUAUUAUUGAACAUAAAAUUGAUUCACGAAGUCCAUUAUAUGAAAUGAAUAAAGAAACACUAUCGAAAGAAAAAUUUGAAAUAUUAGUUGUUCUUGAAGGAAUUAUUGAACCAACUGGAAUGGUUACACAAGCUAGAACUUCUUAUAUGCCUGAAGAAAUUCUUUGGGGAGCAAGAUUUCAAAGAAUGAUUCAUUUUGGUAAAGAUCAUUAUACUUUGGAUUAUUCGAAAUUUGAUUCGAUUGUUGAAGAUAAUGCUACACCUGAUUGUUCAGCUAAAAAACUUCAUGAACAAACAUAA